UGCAAGACUGGAAGGAGGAUCAGGGAGCUGCAGGCCUGUCAUUCUGACCUUGGUGCUGGGGAAGUUCAUGGAGCAGAACAUCCUGAUGGCACUCAGGACAGCCAGGGGAUCAGGCCCACACAGCAUGGGUUUGCAAAAGACCCUGAACAACUGGCUCUCCCACAACAAGGUGACCCUCUCAAGUGGAUUAGAGAAAGCCUGUGGCUGUUGUCCACCUGGAUCUUAGUCAAGCCUUUGAUGUUGUUUCCCACAGCACUCUCCUGGACAGACUGGAUUCCUAUGGCUUGGAGGGGUGAGCUCAUCUCUGGCUCUGUACUGCUGCAGGAGGACUGGCGCAGAAGGAAGAUGCCACUGAGGAGCUCAGCAGGAUUCAUGCUGCUCUUGCUCUCUCAGUGCACUGUGUCCCUGGGCACCAAAGAGGCAGUGGUCCUGGCUAAUGCCCACCUCCUCCCCCAGAGAGACUAUGAGAGACUGGGAAAUGCUAAUGAGAAAGACUAUCCAAGGGAUUGUUUUGAAAUUUUAAAGCACUCCAAAGGAAAUUCCAGAGAUGGCCUUUACAUCAUCCGACCAAAAGAGGAACCGAUUGUUGUCUUUUGUAACAUGCAGGAUGGGGGUUGGACAGUAAUCCAGCACAUUACAGCCAACAGCACUGUCGACUUUGACAGGACCUGGCAGGACUACAAAUAUGGAUUUGGCUCUGUUCAUGAGAACCACUGGCUAGGAAAUGAAUACAUGCAUCAGUUAACUGGCAGCUCAGUGCAAUAUAUACUUGGAGUUAAACUUGUAAAUCUAAAUGCUGAAGUCAAAUGGGGACAGUAUGAGCCAUUCCUGAUUGAGGGGGAAGAGUCUCAAUAUCGAAUCAGGGUUGGUCUUUACAAAGGCAACGCCACUGAUGCUCUGACCCUGGACACAGAAGCUUAUCUCCAUGACAACCAGAAGUUUACCACCAAGGACAGAGACAAUGACAAUUACUUUAUGAAUUGUGCUAAGCUGGAACUCAAUGGCAUUCCUGGAGGAGGCUGGUGGUACGAUGCAUGUGCUGGGGCAAACCUGAACCGCAGGAACGUGAUAUACUGGCAAAAAGACUGCAGCAAGCAACAUCCCUGCAAGUUUGCAUGGAUGAUGAUCAAACCCAUCGAGCAGCACCAGUCGUACCCUACCAAGGCCUGCUCCUGUCAGAAAGUUGAACUGUAGACAAGCCAUGUGUAUCUAACAGGAACAGGGACUCUUUCUCAAGUGACUGAAGUGAACUCACUGACUGAGUAAUAACCCUAAGUAACCACGACUGGAAAUUUAAAUUGGGCCUCUGUAAGGGCUUUAUGUUGUCAUAUUGUCCAGGACUGGAACAUGUCACAGAGAUUUGCCAACCAUACAAGUGAGAAACUGUCAGAAACUGAGGCCUUUACCACAAGAUUUAUGUAACCAGAAGAUUUAAAUAAUUAAUUUUAUGCUAUUUUAGCCAUAAGACAAGUCCGAUAUGAAAUCCAGGAUGUGAUGUCUUGUACAAUACAUACAUGAAUAAAAAUGCAUUUCAGAAGGUUUUGCUCUGGUGUCAAUGUUCAUUAUUGAUUGCACAUCUAUAAUUGCACAUCUUCAUAUAUCAUGCAGAGAGGAAAUUUCCAGUCAAAUACCUACAUUUACAAAAUGCAUACUGAAGGGUACUGUGUAUCAUAGGACUCCAAUGGGCCUUUUCUUUCUAACAUUAUGUUUUCUAACAUUAUGUGAAUGUUAUUUUAAUAUUUAAAAUUGGAAUUAACCUCAUCUCCCAUGGCUUCUUUCCCCCUUCAUUGACUCUUUUAUCUCUAUUUUUUAAUGAUCCCAUAUACAGUGAAGUAUUCAGCACAGGCUUUUCUUUUCUGCCUUCAUUUUAGAACACUCAGCACUAAUGGGAUUGCCAGAUUUCCCAUUGAUAGCCACUGAUCCAAAGCUUACAACCCCUCUGAAUUUUUUCCCCAAGAAACUCUGCGAAUACAUUUUAAAAAGAUCAGAUUGAUAUUGCAAUUGCUUAUUUAUUCCUCCAUUUUUACCUGAAUUACUCCACUUUAUUUACCAUUAUUUGACUGUUCCAUGCUGUGCUUCAGCUUUUUUUUUCAUACCACUGUGAGAAAAGAAGAGAAUGCUGCCUUUAUUUCAUAUUUAAUAAUUUCAGUUGUUUUAGUACUCAGUCUUGACAUCAACUAAACAGUGCCUUUUUUCCUAAUUAUAAAAUAAAAUAAAGUUUCAUUAUAAAUUAUUCUGUUUUAAAACAAUAAACAAAAGGAUUUAAAUUUUAUAACCUUGAAAACCUUGUUUUCUUUUACCACUGUUUGAGUUGCUUCACACAGUUCUGUAUCAUUGGAAUAACUGAAUGACAACCAAAGAGUUCUUAUUGUUGCCUUUACAAAAUGUCAGAAUAGUAAUUAGAUUAUCAUGUGUGGUUUUUUAGAUAUUUCAGUUAAAGAAACUCCACCAACAGACACUGUCAAAUUCCUGCUUUUUAAUUUAAAACACUAUUUAUAAUUUUCAUGAAAAUUGUUUCAGAAAAUAAAUUCUUUUGUAUUUUGAGAGGACCAAUACUGUCGUGAUGCUUAAGAUGAGAAACUGUUUUGGAAGCAGAAAAGCCAAGAAAGCAAUUUUUAGUUUUCUUGAUGCACUGCAACAUUUUCAGAGAGAUACAGCUAUGUGAUGUGGGUGAGGCCAAUAUAGCACACAUGCCAAUUUUGCAGCAUUUGAUUUUUUUCCCCCUGAAUGUGUGUUCAAAGACAGCAGUGUGAUAGGAGAAGAAAUGGUUAGUACCUGAAUUGAGUUUAUGUCAUUGAGACAAUUUAAUGUGGGUUCUGCAUAAUUCUAUCAGGAUGCCUCUAAAGUUGGGCUGACGAUACAAGAAAAUCACCUGAGUGCUGCCAGUCUCACAAAGCUUUUGUUAGAAUCCCUGGCCAUAUAGCCAGAUGUUCACACACCUUCCAAAAAUGUGGUUUUAAUGACCGUGACAUGGAAGUGUGGAAGGGAGAGUCCACAGGCUGCAUCUGAUCAUCAAAGGCAGAUAACCUACUCUGCAGCACGCCCUUAGCAUGUUUUAGAGGAUUUUGGAGGUAAGGACUCUGCAAAUAAGCAGUAUGAAUAACUUGGGCACCAGCAGAACAAACCCAGCUGCCCAGUGCCAGAGGGACUCUAGUUAAUACUUUAACUAGCCUUACAAACCUAUGUACUGAAUUCCACUAUGAAAAUUAGAUUUAAAUGUAGUAAAAACUCAUAACAAGAAGUUUGCCAGCAAAAAACCUGAGACAUUUAAUUGAACUCAGGGACUGAGCUACAUUCCAAACUUCUGAACAAAGCAUGGAUGGAAAUGACUAAUAGAGCUCGGUUAGGGACUAAGUAGUGGGUUAGGGACUAAGGAUGAAAAUGACUAAGAAUAUUCUAGAACAUCCAUCAGCACGGAACCUUUAGAAGUAGACUAAACUUUACUUCAUUAUUCCUUAGCAAAAGACUAUCUUAACUGAACAGAUUUUUUUUCUUCCAUUUCUGAACGUUGAUCACCAGAUACCCAGAGUGAUGCUGAAGGCAUCUGGCCUUCAUCACCACUCAGUGAAAUCACAGACUGAAACAUAGGGGUUCCUAUCCUACGUCUCCUAAGUUCUUUUGCCAAUCACAUUUCUCUUAUACUCUCUCUCUUAGCCUUUCCUGAAUUUACUGUCUCCUGCAGUAUGGGAAAGAACGAGGGUCUUCCCAGAAGUAGCUGCUGAAACAAAUUUAUUUGGUCAAAUAAACAGCCUUCCAAACUGAGUAAGUAUGACAAGGUCUAGAGUGAAAGCUCCAGCUCUAAGCACCUGUGAAUGGGAGGCAUGUUCCACUUCAACCAUGCAAUCUCUGAACAACAGCAGUGAAAUAAUUUUCUUUACCUCUCCUACUUUGCCUUUCUCUGCAUUUAUAUUGUCAACAGCAGGAAAUGUACACACACUCUCACAUACAAUACCACAUUAAUCAACUCAGAAUUUGUUUAUUAUUUGUCUUUUAAAAUAAUUCAGUUUUCAUAUGAGAAAGUGUUUGCUUUUGUUUCUGACUUUACAGAGUUCAGGUAACCUUAUUUUUUGUGUAUAACCAUGGAUUUAGAAGUAUGACAAAGUGAUUUUAGGGGCUAACUGACUAAGGUUUUUAAUUUAUUGAUGCAAUACACUGUAUCAAAAAAUUAACAAUUUUAGCUGUAUGGCCUGAUUUCCUUCUACUAGAAUUAACAAAGAGUCUUUUAGUCAUUCUCAUGUCUUUUGUGUUUCAGAAGGCAUCAGACCACAGUCAGAGUGGGGGGCUACAGAGCUGAAUCCAGCUGAAUACUCCACUGUACCCUCUCUCCACUCUUCCUCCUACAGCUACCUGAUGAAUUGCACACUAAAGGAAGCCUUAUGGACAGCACACACUAAAAACAACUAUCUGACCUCCACUACGUCUAGGUUGCUGCUGCACGUAAGGAUUAAAAGAUAUUUCAGCUUUGAUCUUGGCACUGCAAUCCAGAAAUUCAGUAAAAGUCCCCUCAUUUUAAGAGGUCUACUGAAACAGAAGCCAUCAGCAAUCAGGGUCUGGAGGAGGACCUGCUGAGAAGAAAACUUCUGAAGGAUUUGAAACGUUUGGUUUAUUUGAGGAGGACUGACUUUGGUAUAUCAGCAGAUACAUGAAGAAACUAGUGACAUUUAGUGACCAAUGGAAAAAAUACUGAGUGAAAGUCAGUGCUUUCAGUGUGUGUAAUAUGACUGAAGUUCCUUAAUUGUAAAAAAAUACAUUUAUCAAGAUGGAAAAAACAAUUGUAACACCAUUUCUUUCUGAAACCACUAGUAGACAUAGUUUAUCACCUGUUUUACAACACGAUGUUAUGAAUUUCUAAUUGCUUUAACUACUUAUGGGGUAACUAUUAAUAAAAUCAUAAAGAAGCUUAUUAAAGCUCAAAGUUUUAUGACAAUUGUCAAAUGUAUGUGUAAGAACAUUUCUUAAAGAGUUCAAAAGGUGGUAAUGGAGAUUUGGGGGAGACCACAUGAGAAAGAGAGUGGCCUCUUACUGACUUGUGGGGGUUAAAGUCAAGUAGUGAAGUGAAAAGACACCAUGUCGUUUUCUAGAGUUAAGGUUUAGCCUGUGUUUCAAAACAGAGAAGCCACUGACUAUCCAGCAGCUGCAGGAGCAUUACAUUUAUCUACAAACAUAAAUCAUAUUUGCAAAAAAUGAAUGUUAGUUGACAAAUUAUGGGGAUCUGGAAUAUGUAGGGAUGGUGGCAUACAUAUGAAAAGGGAGAGACAAAAAUCAUACCCCUGGUUUGUGGGAAAAUUCAAUACUUUAAAAUACAAAAGGUGCUGGGUCUCUGAAAAGCUUAGUUAGGGAUGUGUAUUUAAGCAUCUAUAUUGACAAUACAUACAUAUCUAUAUAUAUGUAUGUGUAUGAAAUUAUGUAAAACCAAAAUGUAGUUUUACAAAAAGCAUUUCAUUAGUCCAUGACAACAAUCACAUACACAGGAUCAGUAAAAAUGUCAUUAAAAGGACAGAUAACAAGAUAACAAGAUUUUCCUACACUGCAGAAAUUCCACAACAUUUUUUCGGUACAAAGUACAAUCAAGUACUAACUGAUACUCUGAUGAGGACCACAUUUGUCUUUUUGAGGUUUUGAUGUUUUUUAAGAAUAAGCAUUCUACAUAACAAUAAAGUAACAUACACCUCUUUAGACAAUUCUUGAUAUUUACAAUGUACUCAUGUGUAGCCAUGUAAUCCCUCACAUGGUUAGGUGCUAGCAGCAUAAUUUGUGCACAUAUUUCACAAUUACAUUGAACCAACACUGUUGCAUCCAUCACUGUAUAUUCUAAUACAUUUACUGAGCAGAGUCCAUAAACAUUUACAGAUCAUUCUUGAUCAACAGACUUCAAAAACAAAAAAAAAAUUAAAAUACUCCAUUUAAUUCCAGCAAGAGACAAUGCUUCAUUUCAGCAAUAACAGUGCAGCUAGCAGGAACUGUUACUACCUCAUAAAUUUUGCCUUUAACUACAGCUUGUGCCCCCAGAGAGACACAUUCAUUUGUUAAAAAUCAAACAUAGUUUACUGAAUGACUGGUCUGAUGUAAUAUAAAAUAAACCCACUCUAAUAACCAAUUUGUACAUAGUUACUGUACACAGGAAAAGCUCUGGAUAGUGACAGAACAAAGCUGAUGAAAGAGUUUUUAUAAAGACCUCUGCUUUCCUUUCAUAAGUAACCAUAUGCUAAUGCACAAAGCAUAAUAGGCCCAGUAUGGUGUGCUACAAAUUAACCAUGGGGCUUAGAGAACAUAUUUUGCAUUAGUACACUGCUAAUCUUUCACUAACAAAAUUUUCCCCUGUGGACACUGGGGCUAAAAAAAUGUUAAUCACUUGUACUCUCAUUGUUGACACGGAGGAUUUAUCUAUCUGUAGGAGAACAUUCUAAUGCUACGAUAAUUUAAUAGGUUACAUAAACAAUUUCACUGAGAGCAGUGGUACAUUCACGAUGACUUCUACAAUCCCUGAAAUGUGCACCUGGGUAAAGUCACCACUGCAAUGUCCUGCUAAAGUGUACAGUAGAUAUAAUAUAAAGAUUGUCUCAAACUAAUAUUCCAAAGUUUCUCAUUCAGAAUUUUGCAAGAAAGGCUAGAACUGAAUCUGAACUUUUUGUACAUGAAGAUCUUUCUCAUUUCCUCAUAAACAUUUUUCUUUAGUACUUCCACACCUCAUGACUCCUGUUGCUGUUAACUUUGUUUUUGCAGGACCUUUUCUGAAGCUUCUUGUUUGUUCCCACCACAAGGAGGUCACCAGCUCCAUUCCAAAGGCCUUCUGCUGAAGGCAGCCCCUUGCUUACCCACUCACUUGGUCAGUGCUGCAGGGCUCCUGCCAAUCUAGCACAGACAUCAGGAAGGCACAGGCAGCUCAGCUCUGGCACCAAAAGCCCUCUCAAAUCUCAGCCAGUGUUCAGUCUCAGCUCGUAACUAGGCCAGUACAACCCAGUCCCAGCAGCCACAGCCACCAGGGGUGUUGCCUUCAGCCACAUCUGUAGCAGAUGUGGUUUUGCUGGACCAAAGAGAGUGCCUGAAGAUAGUGCCUGACUACUACUUGUAAAGCUAUCUAACGACAAAGAAUUCGAAGUGUUUCUAAUAGUGUUACAGAAACAUUAAAAAGUUGCUUAAAAAAUCUUUCCUCUUUACAGGAUGCCCGUUCUCUCACUGUUUAUAUAUAGGUAAAUGUUAUGGAAACUUUCAAAGCAAGGUGUAGCACAACAAAGGAGGUUGCAAAAAAGACUUUCCUUCUGUUGUAGACAGACUGUGUCCAUUAUGCUGUACAGUCAGUUCUGAUUUGUACCAUUGUCACUGUGAAUAAUAUUUUAUAAUUUCCUUCAGAGGUACUGGGAACUGGAGAAAUUCAGAGGUAUCACCACUUUUACAAAUGACAGUGACUUGCAGGAU